AUGCCAGUGGUUCCAAAUCUACUCCCAUGUCCUGUUGCCCAUCGUAUUCGCAUAGCAUCCCUCAUCUCUCCUCUGAGGCGCGUUCGUCCAAGAACUCCAUUCUAUGAACUCUCUGCGCACCGUGUUCCGACCCUUUGGUCACUGUACCGGGGUUUGCUCAGACAUGCACCAGGGGAAAACGCGAGCGAUCUGCUUUUUCACCUUAUCCGAUUUCGUGUGCGCAUGCUGUUCAGGAAGAACCAGCACGUCGUGAAGGCGCAUGCUGCGAAAGAGCAACUCGUGAUGGGAUACAAGUGGUUAGAAUCGUUUAAGCGCGCAGAGCAAGGUGAUAUCAAACUUCAGAACCUUCUCAACAGGUAUGAAAGAAUGAUUGCCACUAAGUGCGAGAAGACAGUUUGGAAAAUGCGCAUACUAGAAGCAUUCAAUUGGGAAGCCAAGCUCCGCAAGCGUCCUAUCUUCAAAGGUUCUUUCAUCCGUCCCUCCUUUGAACACAACCUUCUUCCUCGCCUAAUUCCGCAGCCUGCUCACAUAACUGGAAUGAUUGUGCGCCGACGUGUCGCGCGCGUACGUCGGUGGGAGCAACGGGAAACAUUAAGAGCUGGGCACACGAUUUGCGGCAUGAGAGUCUCUUUGAGUACUGCGCUGCUCAAGAGUGCACAAGGCGAGGCAGUUGGAGCAGCUCAGUUCACGAAGGGCAGGAUGUUGGAGGAUCAGUGCCGACCGAUGUGCAGGGGGGAUUGUACUUCCAAAGGAACGCCUCUUGUGGGACCCAGUGGCAAACAAGCACGCCGAGACAGGAUAGCAAACAAAACAGCUCAGAGACAGCGCGAACGUUCUGGUGAAGUUACUACUGCCACCAUUAAACGUCGGCGGAACGCACCCCCUGCACACAUCCAAGAGCUCAUGACACCAAGGCAAAUACUGAUGGACAGGGCGGUAAGGGAAGCAAGCGAGGGCGGGUGGUCGGGCACUGUGAAGGCACGCAUGGGUGUGCAUAUGCACAUGUCUGAAAAAUGGAAGGCCGAGGGUGGGUGGGAGGAUCAAAAAACUAAGAAACGGCUGGAUGAUAUGGAGAGGGAGAUUCGAGUGGAGAAUGAGAGACGAAGAAAAGGCAGUCAGCUAGACCCUGCCCCUCUUUCUGAGUAG